AUGUCACAAUUGAAUACCUCGAGCUUGAGGAACUUGAGAGCUCGGUGCUUCAGAAGUACGUACCGCCAUAGCUCCGUUCCCAGCCUCCAACGAGUAGUCCACUUUGCGCAACCGCAGCUGGCGCGCUCACCAACGCUCGAAGCGAAAUCACGAUCCCCAGCGACGAUGCCCGUAUGA